GAGGAGGAGAUCUUCAAGCUUCCAGGCAGGCUGAGAAUCCAGCCCUCGCUGUGGAGCAAGGACGACGUGAUCCACUGGCUCAGAUGGGCUGAGAAAGAGUAUUCCCUUCGGCAAACGGACAAAAGCAAGUUUGAAAUGAACGGCAAAGCCCUGUGCAUCCUCACCAAGGAUGACUUCAGACACCGAGCUCCGAGCUCAGGUGAUGUGUUAUAUGAAAUACUUCAAUACAUUAAGACUCAAAGAAGAGCUCUGGUGUGCAGCCCUCUGCUGAACUCACCCUUCAGGGAGGCCAGCAGCAUAGAGGAAGGGCUUUGGAGGAUCUCCUGGGACUUGAUGUAUUGCACCGUAGGGUUUGUUUUUUGUUUUUCAGGAGCAGACUGUAGUGCCAAGGCUGCCCCAGUUGCUGUUUCCUCCUGCCUGGGUUGUGCAGAACAGCCUGUGUCCUGCAGCCACACGGUGCCCCUGAACCUCUCCCAUCACAGCUUGGAGGGCAGCUGCAAGGCAGAUGCCAUCUGCUCUUUUCCUACAGCCCCGUUGGCCCCAGUGGAUGGGAAAAUUGCAGACUGCAGGUUGCUGUGGGAUUAUGUGUACCAGCUCCUUUCCGACAGCCGCUACGAGCCCUACAUCAAGUGGGAAGACAAGGAAGCCAAAGUCUUCCGGGUCGUUAACCCGAACGGACUUGCCCAGCUCUGGGGGAACCACAAGAACCGGAUGAACAUGACAUACGAGAAGAUGUCACGAGCGCUCAGACAUUACUACAAACUCAACAUCAUCAAAAAGGAGCCAGGGCAGAAGCUGUUGUUCAGGUUUUUGAAGACUCCUGGGGAGAUCAUCCAUGAGAAAUCCAGCAAACUGGAGCAGCUGGAGAAUGAGGACCAUGAAGAUUUGAAAGAAGACCCGCUGGAAGUUUCACCAUAAGGAAUCUUUGAAGGUGGCACUUGCAGCGCAUCGCAGACAGAUUUGUGCUCCGCUGGGAAGUGCUGGCGUCUCUUGUCUCCUAGACAGAAGGCCACAGGGCUGAUCUUGAAUUUCAAAACCUGCCUUGAGCCGAAGCUGUGA